UAAAGAUGGUGAUGGAUGGUGGAAUUCAGAUGAUCUUGUGGAUCAGGUGAUAAACCGUGCAAUCCCAAUAUUUGAAGCUCGGUUUCCAGGUGCAAAGGCCCUUUUUGCGUUUGAUAAUGCAACUGGUCAUUGUGUGUAUGCCGAAGAUGCCCUUCUAGCAAAAAACAUGAAUUUAUCUCCUGGUGGAAAACAGCCAAAAAUGAGAAGUACUACAUACGGAGAUAAUAUCCCGCAAGACAUGUGCUUUCCUGAAGAUUAUGAAAACCCUGAUCUCUGUGGUAAACCUAAGGGCCUAAAGCAA